UGUCUAUUGGUCCCGUAUGUUAGUGUAUGUUUGCCACGCCCACUAACUCUGGCAGAUUCUAACCGAGCGCAGCUGCUUGUCUUAAAGGGGCCGCGACAUUAAAGGCGAACAGUCCAGCUUGUAGAGUUUAAUUACCGUAUAUUAUAAUCUCGCUGUCAUUUACCAGAUGAUUGAGAGCACUGGAUUCUUCUGACUUUUUCUGUACCACAUUCUUUCUCUUUUUAGUAAGAAGCGCUUCCCUUUAAAUCUCCUCCAGGGGCCACCCAGAGUCGCCCCGUAUUUCUGUCGGUAGGCAAUAAAUCGCCGAUGGUCUCGCUUCUCGUCCUCCGGUCAUGCAUCUGCUGUGUUUCUUUUCCCUGCUGCUGUGGAGCGGUCCGGCGCGCAGCUAUUUCCCGGAGGAGCGCUGGAGCCCGGAGUCCGCGCUGCUCGCGCCGCGGCUGCUGCUCGCGCUGGUGUGCCGCAACUCCGCGCACUCUCUGCCGCACGUCCUCGGUGCCAUCGACCGCCUCAACUACCCCAAAGACCGCAUGGCUGUGUGGGUGGCCACAGAUCAUAAUUCAGACAACACCAGCGCGAUCCUGCGCGAAUGGCUGAUAAACGUCCAGCACUUCUAUCAUUAUGUGGAGUGGAGACCUCAGGAGGAGCCCAG